UGCGUGAUUAAUGCAAAAGCACGGUGCGCGCCUCCACUUGUUGUAAAAGCAGACACAUGGAGUUGCUGUUUGUUUUGCCGAGAAUGGCAUUUGCAUUUAUCGACAGGCAGCAGACGAUCCUCACGCUUAUUCAGAAUGGAACAUGCAUUUUUGCACGGGGUUUCUACAUCUGCACGAGCCCGAAUUCACAAUUAUACAACUUGUUGUAUUUUGUCACGUGAAAGGUCUUCUUUUUCGAACGCACGGUCAAAAACGAAAGACCAGAAGAGUCUCCCCUUUGCAUCGUUUGUGUCUUCCGUUGCGCUAUCCCAAGUGUGCCGGCUAGCUCUAGCAACAACCUGUUCAGCUGUGCAAGACCAAGUAGACCAACAGUUAGCCCUUAGCCAUAUUGUUGGGGUUGUGACUGUGACAGCACUCGGUUUACGAUGAAAUUGGACAUGUGAAGUCUAUGAAUGGCUUCAGAGAUAUGCAUUGCUUUUGUUAUUUGUUUAAGCUGCUUCACAGUGUUGGGAGAGGUAGCAUAGAUAUGAAUGACAUUAAUGUUGGUCGAGUUGCGAACACCUAUAAUCGCAUCGUGUAUGACCUGCAAAUGAAGUGAUAAAGAAUGUAUUGUUUCUGUUAUAGCUGUGAGCAGUGUGAAUACUGGGCUUUAAUUGUUGGGCUGAUGAAGUCAACCUGCCAUCUAUUUCUCUGAACAGUUGUGUUCGUGCUGUUCACACAGUGUCCUCUAGGGGCACUGCUUUCUGAUCCAAGAUAGGGUGCCUCGAUGUAACGGCGGCGCGCUGCAUCAAGGCACCCUAAUCCAAGAGAUGGCUUCCCACUUGUGUGAAGCUUUGUUGUCUUGGUGGUAAUAAAAUUGUAGCACAGUGGUAGCCACUCAUCCUAUGGAGGGGCUACAUAGAAGUAGUAAUGGAGGGCCAUAACUGGUAAAAGGUACUGUUAUUUUAGGUGUGUUGCUUGCUUGCACUUUAUCUUAAAGGAUCAAGAAGGAACUAGAUGUAGUAGUUCAAGGUGUGCCAAGGUAAUCCAAGUUUGAUUACAAAAAAAAAAAAAGUUGUUGCCAUGUGUUUACUUCAAGGCUGAAAAUGUGCUCUUAAACUGUUUCAGGGAGGGAAUCCUGAGUGAUCAUGGACACUGUGCCAAACGAGGUGCUGCUGCCUAUUCUGGCACUUGUGGAUGGUGCAAGUCUUGUCAGGUGCAAGCGUGUAUGCAAGCGGUGGCACGUACUAGUGGAGGCAAUCCUGCAACACAGCCAUGUUCUUUGGAAAAUGAUAUGCCAGUCAGAAAUUGACCCUGACGUGCUGGCUGAACUUCUUGACCAGUCAUGCCCAGAGGAUGAAUCUGGAGGAGUGGAAGUAGACUGGUUCAAGGUCUACAAGCGUUGGUAUAGCACGAGUGCCAUCUCAAAGUUCUCUCAUCGCAUUCGCAUGCUGCAUUGUUAUUUACGGGACGUGACGUGCUUGAAGGCAUCAGGAAACGUAAUUGUGAGUGGCCAUAAUACUGGAUAUAUAAUUGUUUGGAAUGCUUGGGGAGGCUGGCAAGUUUUGUCGAUAAAGGCAUCUGGAGAUGCAAUAUCUGAUCUGGCAUUCUUCAACCUUCAUGGUCCUGCUACGCUACACCCGGGCCCAUCCUGCUACAAGCGUGCUCACAUUCUGUGUGCACCGCAUGAGCCACUCCUGAAAGCCUACAGUCUGGAAGAUGGAGGUUCGAGCUGUAUGAAUCCGGCCAGGACAGUUUACCCAAUAGUGUCUAUGAAAAUUUGUGGUGAUCUGUUGGCCACUCUGACCUUGGUGCGGUGUGUUGUGUCUGUCAUGCGGCUGACCUUGACAGGAGGCAAUCUCCAGUUUCAACCACUGCUGAGCUCUUUCUUGCAAGAGGGUGCCUGCUCAUGGAUAGGCCUCAAUAAACAAUGUGUUUUCCACAUGGGACCACAGUGGCUUGCAGGCAAGGCUGUCAUUGCAAGCCAAGCCAGAGAGACGUGGCAACUGGCGCCAGUGGACAGAGGAGAGCCACUGCAUGUGACACUUGCCCUUGUCCAGAGGCAGGGGAUCUUUGUCAUCGCCACAGUUGACAUGAGGCUGUACAUAUCAAUGGAUGCUGGCCAUCAAGUGCGGGAGAUCGUAGCUGCUCGGCGAUGGAACGGUCGAGUGACGGCACUGGCCCUACGAGGCCCACUGCUGGUAAUUGGCCUGGACAGUGGUUGGCUGUGCGUGUACCGAGUGCAGGACUUGCUUCUUGACUUGGAGUCUAGGCUGCCAGACUGGAGCCAGCAGCUAGACAGAGACCCAAUCAUAGCUGUUGAUGUAACCAGUGAGCCGGACACCCCACGGCCAGUGGUGGCAGCCGCCACUCGCCAUCAACGGUAUGUGGUCACCUGGCCUUUCCAUUCUGUGUCGAGUGUUGACUAGUGUUCGUCAUGUUUCUUGUUGCUAAUUUAUGUGCAUAUGUUGUAUGCCUGGAAACCAUCUAGGAAAGGCUUUCUAGUGUUGCUUUUUUGACAUGCAAGUGUACAGCCAUGUUACGCAAUGCUGCAGUUUAUCAUACUAUGAGACCCUAUGGUGUAUAACACAGCUAAUGGCUGCAACAGUGCUACUGGACAAGGUUAAAAAAAAAAGAAGCACACUACAUGGCACUGCACCAUGUGGUGUCCCCUUCUUUUUUUUAAUCCUUGCCCAGUAGCACUGUUGCAGCUAUGAACGCAUAUCAACUUGCCUGAUUUUUCACCCCGCACUACUCACUUCAGUCACAACGUUGGUGCAAGUAUUAGCUGUUGUCGAAAAUGCUGUGCAGGUAUUGCCUUAGCAUUAGUGCUUCCAUUUUGGAAUGCUAUGCUUGUGUUAAAAUUCCUCUAAAAUGUGAAUUGCAUAUUGCUGCUGGUUUGAGUGAUAAGACUAAACGAAAUUCAGCCACGAUUCCAAUGUGGGCAUCAUGCAUUGCACAGUUGAUCCUUAAGAUGGCUGUUGUAAUCAAGAGUUGAUUAUUAGUUGUGAUUGCUCUAUAUAGUGGUUUGUUGUAUCAGAUGGGAAACUUGCUGCUUGGCUCCCAUACUGAAGCCUGCCGCAGAUCACAUUGUGCCCUUUGAUGCACCUGAUGGCCUUGUGCAGCAUUUAGCUGCUUGUAGUGACUACUCUUCUGUGUACAUUGAGUUGCACGCAGUCAGCUGGCCGUUUUGUUCACUGCACUGUUUCUUGUGCAGAGUAACAUACAUGCUUUGUUUGCCUGAAAAAAGAAUAGAGAAGAACUUUCACCCACCAUAAUCUCUUCUGUGAGCUGCAUUUAACUUUUUUUUUUUCCAGUGCUUUGAUAUACUGUUGUACAAUGUACUGUAUUUGGUGUCAAAAGCUUGCGGGAUACUUGUACAGACUUUGUGCAUGCGAUCUGUAAGUGAACACAACAUAUCAUUUUUUUUUUUCAUUCUUCUGCAGACAUGCAGCUCAAAACCUAGAGCUAUGUGGAAAUUCAGGCUUUUUGCAGAUCCUGCAGAGUGCAUAGUUUAGAUACCGAGGUUACCAGUGCACUUCUAAUUUAAAUUCAUGAAGCAGCUGUUCUAGCCGAGAGCCUGCUGUCGCUGUUGAAUGGUUUUGUACAGUGACGUGCUCAAUCUCAAAGUGUGAUUUUAAGCAUGCCUCUUUAUGGAUGUUGGAAACAUGUAUGGCUAUUCUUUAGCCUGCUCUAAGUCUUGUUAUGACUGAUUGCUGCUAGCUUGGCAGUGGGUCAUUCCAUGUGAAACGUCCCAGAGCUGAAAAGCGACUGUCACCAAUUGUCUUUAAAAAAAUUUAGCUAGUUGGCGAUUGUGUGAAGGAGGUUUCAUCAAAAUAUUUCUCUUAUAAAAUACGUUUUGGUCAACUAAGUGCUCAUUUAAGUUUUCCUAAAAAAAAGCAAAAUUCGGAGGUUCAUCUUGUUAAAAUCAAGUGUGAAAGUAGGUACAAUGACAAAUCUUACAUUAGAAUAUUGUUGCAGUUGAACUGGGAACAGCACUGAGAAGUUUAUUUGUGCAGGAAUGCAGUAGGAGGAAGAGAAGAUAGAAGAUGUCUAGCUGAUGAGUUGUCAUGUGAAAUAACAGCUUUGAUUGUUCUCUCACAGGACAUUAUAAGUGAAUGCAUGUAAGAAUUUUCAGCACUUAAUUGGCUCAGUAAAAAAAAGCAAUAAAAUUGUGCAUUUUCUCAACUUUUUUUGCACAAACAUUGUUAAAUGCUUCAGCCACAAUAAGUUUUUUCCUGCUUUCUCCUGCUGCUGUAGUGCAUGCUAAAAAUAAUUUUACAUUAUUAAAAAAGUACUUUUCAAGGAAAUUUCUUCUAAAGUUUGCAGAAAAUGACUUUUUCACAAGAUUCA